GAAGCCAGUGUUACUUGGAUGGCGUGCCUGUUAGUAUCUGAAGCCAGGUUAGCGGAAUAAACAAACCCGAAACGCAUAUUAACAUGACAGCGUUUUCCAAGAGGCGUGGUUUUAGUACUUCUAUGGUUUGCAAAAAGGCACUUCAGUGAAACGUCACAAGUAUAGAACACAAGUUUUGGAUUUGAAAAUAUUAUUGUCCAUUAGAACUCAUGAUAUCUUUUGGAAAGUUCUUAUGUUUGCUUUUGGAUAUUUCUUUACUUUGGAUAUACGCUGUAGGACAGGACCUGAGGAGACCCAAAACGGAUUUACAAGGACCACAAUUUGCGGUCGAACCACCAGAUGAAGCAAUUUUUUUAAACAGUACGGGAACAGUGGUAAGAUGUAAUUCGAUUGGCCACCCAAUGCCGGAAGUGACGUGGUUAUUACGAAAUGGUCAACCAGUGUUUUCGGUUGCAAAUGUCAGGAAGGUACAAAGAGAUGGCUCUCUUAUAUUUCUACCUUUCCGAGCUGACGAGUAUUCAAAGGAAAUCCAUGAUACUGUUUACAAAUGUAAAGCGACAAAUAGCGUUGGAACAGUGGGAAGUAGGGAUGUAAGGGUAAAAGGAGUUUUGCAAAAUCCUUAUGUCAUCCGUGUCUUCGACCAUCAAGUCAUCAAAGGUACAACAGCUGUGUUACCAUGUUACGUUCCCAGCCAUGUAUCUGAAUAUGUGUACGUGACAUCAUGGAUUAUUGACGAUAAUGUAACAGUUUCGUCACAGAAUACAAUUUCCCAGAACAAGUACAUUAUUUUUCCUGAGGGGACGCUACAUGUUAAUCAUGUAACUGUAGAGGAUGGACAUCAGAGUUUUAGGUGUCUCACAAAAAACCGUUUGACAGGUGAUUCUAAAGGAAGUGAUAAUACAGCUCGCCUAAUAGUUCUAGAUGUACCUCCUGAGUUGCACCAGGGUUUCCCAGAAAGAACACUAAAAGCAGGAACCUCACUCUCACUUCAGUGUAUAUUUUCUGGACAUCCAUUACCACAAAUUACGUGGCUAAUAGAUAAAAUUCCACUCUCUGAUGUUCCUCAGUUUCGUAUAGGAAAAGAAGAAACGGUAGAUGGUAGACUUAAAUCAUUCUUGAAUAUCACCAGGAUUCGAACUAGAGAUGGGGGUUUCUAUGAGUGCGUCGCCAACAAUGGCGUUGGCUCAGUAAGUCACGUGGCUCGUAUAAAUGUCUAUGGACCACCAUAUGUGCGUCCAAUGAAGAAUGUUUCAGUAAUCGAAGGAGAAACAUUAAUAUUACAGUGCCCAGUAGCAGGUUAUCCUAUUAAGUAUAUAAUUUGGGAAAGAGAUGGCUUUCAGCUUCCGAUCAACCACCGACAACAAGUAUUUUCAAAUGGUUCCAUUAUCGUACGAGAGGUGGUGCGUGACUCGGACCAAGGAACGUACACUUGUUCAGCAAUAAGUGAGGACGGAGAUAGAGAUCAUGAGGACGUAACCAUUAAGGUGACAACACCACCAAAAAUAAUCCCUUUUGAUUUUCCAAAUCGUGUUCGAGAGGGAACUGGAGUUGUGAUCACGUGUGGAGUCAACGAUGGAGAUCCGCCAUUUCUUAUCAAGUUAUCAAAAGACGGACGCUCCUUGUCACCAGAAUCAGGAGUUACACUACAAGUCCAUGAACGUUUUGUUUUGCUUGCCAUGUCCAGUGUAAAGGCUCACCACACUGGAAAUUACACAUGUACUAUUUCCAAUUCCGGAGGUAGUAGCAGUCACAGUUCUUAUCUUAACAUUGAUGUGCCACCUCACUGGGUUGUGGAACCAAGCAACUGUUCAGUAAUCCAAGGGCGGUCUGUUAAUAUCGAUUGUGUUGUCCAAGGAUAUCCUCCGCCUCGGAUAACUUGGAUGAAAGCCUCAGAUGGCGCUACCAAAAACUUUGUUCCUCUCUACAACAGUCAACAUUACGUCAUAUUUGACAAUGGUACUCUUAUUAUCAGAAAUGUGGCCAAAGAAAACGAAGGGUUCUACUUGUGUCAAGCCAGUAACAACGUUGGUCCGGAUCUUAGAAAACUCUUCACUCUGACCGUUCAUGUGCCUCCUAGUGUUCAUGUUCAACACCAAGUUCAUACAGCAGUACUGAACGAUAUUUUGGAGAUCCAUUGUGAGGCUAAUGGAGAAUUACCCAUAAAAAUUAAAUGGUUUAAAGACAAUCAUGAUGUCACAAGCUCGUCUGAUGGAAGGUACGUAUUAGAAGAGAGAACAAAGCAUUCGAUGGUUGAAUCGGUGCUCUACAUAUCCAAGGUGAUUAAAAACGAUACCGGAUUAUUCUCUUGUCUCGCUUUUAAUGCGUAUGGGAAUUCAACAGGAAAAUACCAAGUUAUAGUACAAGAAAUGCCGACUGCGCCAUCUGAUUUACGAAUUGAGAGCAAGACUGGAAGAAGUUUGAGUGUAACUUGGAAAAAACCGUUUGAUGGACAUAGUGCCAUCACUCGAUACAGCGUACAGUAUAGUUCAGAAAAGUCUGGCACAUGGCAAGAGAUGAGUGUUCCUUCUUCUCAGACAUCUGUAGUCAUACAAGGUCUUGUUCCCGCUACCUUCUACAACUUACGUAUUUUUGCUGAAAACGCCAUUGGAAAAAGUAACUACAGCGCUAUCUACAAAAUAGAGACCGAAGAAGAAGCUCCUGGAGGUCCACCUUUGGAGGUUCAAGCCACAGCAACAGGACCGAAUUCUAUUAAAGUCUCGUGGAAGCCUCCAGAAAAAAAGCUGUGGAACGGAAAAAUCAAAGGUUACUACAUCGGCUACAAGAUAGUGUCCUCAUCAGAAACUUCCAUGUAUAAAACCGUUGAGAUUAAAGGUAAUACAGAAAUGGAAUCCCACGUGACGAAUUUGAAACGAUCAACAAAAUAUGCCGUUUCUGUUCAAGCAUUCAAUGAAAAAGGACCAGGUCCGAUGUCUGAGAAUGUGAUUAUUGUAACUUUGGCUGAUGUUCCUCCAACUGCUCCGGUGCUAAGCCUUCUCUCUUCCACAUCCCAGUCUCUCACAAUCUCCUGGAUGGACAAGCAGAGAUUCGGUAGUCCCGUAACAGAGUACAUUCUGUACCAAAAGGAAGAGCAUGGCAACUGGCUGAAAGUAUCUCUUCGCUCUCAGGAGACAACUUAUACAGCUAAAGGGCUCAAGUGUGGCUCCAAGUAUCAGUUUUAUGUCGUGUCUUUAAACAGUGUAGGAAGAAGCGAACCAAGUGAAAUCUUUACUGGUCGAACAGAUGGUGCUGCUCCGUUAUCACCUUCAAAAAAUGACUUGAUCUUCGCUGAUACUACGACUGCUAGAUUAAACUUUUUGUCAUGGCAAAGUGGUGGUUGCCCCAUUGAAAGCUUUUCAAUAAAACUGAGAAGAAAACCUCUUUCUCACUGGACGACGAUCAGAGAACGAGUAUCAGCCAGCCAAUUGCAAUAUACGAUUCAAGAACUCUUUCCUGGAACGUGGUAUGAUCUUCAAGUUACAGCUUACAGUAGCGCAGGCGCAACAGAAGCUCAGUACGAAUUCCAGACCUUAAAUACCACAUUUCUAGAAGAACCUGUUCAAGAAAUAUUGACUAUUUCUCCGAGAUCUCAAGAAACUGACUUAAGCCUUCCUUUGUUCUGGGAUAUCACCAUCAUUGUUCCUGUUGCUACAUCUGUGGUCAUCAUUAUCAUAAUCAUUGUUGUUGGUUGCGUUUUAUAUAAUAAAAGAGAUUUUCACCACAGUACAAGCAGUGAGGGCUCCAGAAAUUUGCAGCUCAAGUCCAGACAAGUUGCAGAAACAAUGGUUUUAAAAGAAAUUAAAGCGCCACCUAACCACGGUUGUUUGUCUACUGGAAUUUCAAGUGAUGACGGCACACAAAGGUCAUCAUCGUCUAGCCAAUCACGUCCUGUGUCAUCAAUGAUGGCAUCUAUUGGUGUUUUAUUACCAGGAGACGAUGAAGGGCAUCCUUACGCUACUCCCUACGACACAAUUCAUGAAUAUCGUUUAGAAGAACCUGGAACAUCCGGAAUUCGAACCUUGAACCGAGGAUGCCGUGACAGACGAGAGGAUAAUAUUUACAUCAGCAGGCAGCAGUGCCGUCCAGACAGGUCUUAUGAAGCCUUGAAACCAAACGUUUUCCCUCUACCAUUACCAAGGGCAACAUCUGGUGAAGGAAUCCCUUUAUACUGUACCAACACUUGACCAAAACAUGAGUUUUAUGAC